GUGCUGAUAAGCGAUAAGGAAGUACACCCCACAUGGUAGGUUGGGUUUUGGUGAGUUUAAUAUUGAGUUAUUAUGGUCUAGCAUGUGAGAGAUAUAGGGCUGGAGGGGAGUCCGCGGAGAUGUGGCUGUUUUUAGGGCAUGGAGUAGUUAUGUUGUUUCUUUGUAUAAUUAUAUUCCGAUGCUCUGAGGCGCUGGAUAUCUACCUACACUUGCAUGUAGUAUGCAUAAGUUAUGGUAGACAUAGUGUCGGCUAUUUGAAUUGGAAGCGAUCUUAUUGGAAGAGAUGAUAUAAAAACCUGGCUUAUUUUCAUGAUCUGAAGACGCUGUGAGUUCACACAUAACUCGGUAGUUGAAACUUUAUAGGCGCCUUUGGUUGCUCGGUGGUAGAUAUCUCAUGUACUCUUACGAGUAUUCUCAAAGAUAGUGU